AUGUCAAGUAAAUUCUAUACAAAACCUAUUUUGUUUCUUCUUAUUGUGGGCUUCGUCUCUGGGGCAGAAAACUAUAUGGACUAUGGAGAUGAAACACCCGAAAAAACACCAGCGGAAAAUAUUCACGAGCUCUACAGACUCUUAAUGCAGCGCGCUGCACUAGACAAUGCUAGAUUUGGCGAUGUUCCGUUGGAACAUUUAAUGAUCCGUAAGUCUCAACGAUCGCCAUCCUUGCGACUUCGAUUUGGACGUUCGGAUUCCCGUCUACCCAUUGGAGUAUUGUCAAGCGCUAUGAAUAAUAUUGCAUCAUCGAGAUUCAAUGAUUGA